AUGGGUUUUCCUGAUUCCCUUGAGAAAGAUUUACACACCAUGGAGUGCAACUUCUUGCCUCGGCCGACCUUGGAAAUUCAAGAUGUAUCUCAAGUUACUCCAUCAGUUGAGGUUAAUGAAGAAGUUCCUCAAAAGAAUCAAAGAGUUGCUGAAUUCUAUCAGGACGAAAAACAAGGGAAAGAAGAUAGAAGUGGAGACAUAGUUUCUUCUUUGGAGGUGAGAUUGCCAGAGGUAAGACAAGUACUAACGGUGGAUGAAGAAGGAGAAGGAGAAGAAGGCUGCACAACUCCAACAUCAGCGGAUCAUAAAAUCCCACAAGUUUGCCCCCCGGCUCCAAGAAAGCCCAAGUCUCUUCCAUCAUCUACUAACCAAAAAGCUUCUCGCAGAAGGGUUUUACUUGAUCUGUCAAAUGAAAUCGAAUCACUUUUUCCUCCAGCCCUACUUGCAGAUUUCGGGAAGAAGAUCAAGAAAGUCAGGAAAGAAAUUUAA